CGUCUUAGAACAAUCUGUUUUUGUAAUUAUAUCUUUUCAAUCACGAAACAUGGAGUAUUCACCCUCUAGGCGUACGACGAUCUUGACGACGAUUCCUAGCAGGAAGAUUCCGAGCAAAGAAUCAAAACACGAUCUUAAGGAGGUGACACACCUGAAGAAUUUCGUGGACAGUGUCCGCUCGAUUGCGAACUCGCAUUGGACUGUGCUGCUCCAAUAUGGUCCCCACCACCUGGUAGGAAACGUCUCGUUUGGUGGCACCGACGGUGACCAAGCUAAACAACAAUCCGCCCUACGCGAAAACGUUCGUUUGGUGAAGAUAAAAAAUGCCAAAAACUUCAGCAAGGUCAUGUCUUAAAGCUGGCACAUCAAGAAAACAAUCAGCUUUGAUAUUAUGAAUCGUACGAAUCGGAAUGAGAUCGUCCGCCACCGUCUCCUACACAA